AUGCAAAUAAAUUUUAGAAAGUAAUAUACAAUUAGAAUUUAUAAAGGACAAUGAAAAAUAAUUAAAUAGAAGGAAAAGAUCAAAUAAUUUUUGUGAUAGAGAGUAUGUGGAAAUGUAAUAUCAUUCUUCAUAUUUAGUAUUAAAAAGAUUUACAAUAAGGAUACUCUUGAAGGAUUGUAUUUAGAUUCCAAUACAAUCUUUUUAAUUAAAAAGAUUCUAUAAUGUAUUAAAAUAUCUCUAUAUAUCUCUAUAUAUUAUUGAAUUGGAUUAUGGAGUUUUCAAUUUUGAGAUUGAGUAAGCAUAUUAUUUAUAAAGUUUGACUAUUGAAUAGCUUAAUGAAUCUGUGACCAACUAUUUUGCUUUUGAAUCAGAGAAUUCAAAAGCCUUACUGAAUUUAUGUAAUUUAUUAUAGAAUUUAAUAAAAAAUGAUAUUAAUCCAAUUUUCUGUAGUGAUGUAAAACAGAUGCUAAUACUCCUGGAGAGACGAUGGAGUGAGGGAGAAUAUGAUUGGAUGUUUGGAUCUUUACCUGAACGGUAUCUAUUCUUGCACGCAACACCACUUGGGAGGUAUGAGAGCUAUUUAUUGAAAAAUGAAAUUUUAUUUUAGAAUUUGAUAAAUGAAAUAAAGUUUUAUGAAAACGUUAAGAUGAUUUGUUGA